GCAGCAGUGUCGCUGCAGUGUUGGCAACGCCUUGUUUUGACGUGCCCGACCUUGAUGGCGACUAGAUAGAGGUUGUGUUCUCAGUGCUGUGUUCUUUGUAAUUUUAGUCCAUAGUUCCUUCUAUAUUUAGCUUAAUAACAUUUCAUACUCUUGAGACGGGGAUGGCUGCUGUGGGCGAUUUGUGGGUGUCCUGGUUCAGUUGUUGCGUGCAGCAGCCCCAAAAACGGCGCAUUCGAAUCGACAGAUCAAUGAUUGGCUCCCCGACCAAUUUCCAGCACACAGGCCACAUCGGGAGCCGCGACGUGGAAAUGCCCGGGGACCAGCUCGUGGCCCUCCAGAACCAAAUGAAGAGCAAAGGCGGCUAUGAGACAACGUACAAGGACGUAAACUGGUGCCAAUGAUUUUGUUAUUAUUUAUUGUGUGCAAGUGCGACUGUUUUAUUUAAAGUAUUAGGUCAAAUGUGUGUAAAUACGUGUAUGUAAAUAGGACUUCAGGUGGCAAUAUUUGUAUGUAUCGGAAACCGCAUUUAUUUGUAUCAUUGCCUUAGAUAACGCACUCUAGGAAUUUUCCAUUUUAUCAUGUUGGUUGUUAUCAUUUUACAAAUGGUGCUCUUGUUAUCAGUUUUUUAUUGAUUUUUCGUAGCUAGUUGAGCCGUGCCAAAAAUCUGACUAAGUUAGGUAUUUUUUUAAUUGAAACCAAAAUUGAUUGUGAUUUUUUAUUAUACUACUGCGAGCAAUAAUUGCCUUUUAACCUCUUGCUGGAAAUGACGUUUCCAACUCGCCUUAACGAAUUGAAAUAUUUUUGCACAAACCUGUUAAAGCACAAGUAUUAUUCUUGAUACUGUUAUUGUACUUACUAGUGUAAAUUUGUAUCCGUGAAUAAAUUAUUAUUAGUUGA